CAGCGCGGAUCCGGUGUCUCUCGCCGGGCCGGCGGCGUUGGCGGUGUCCCUGUCUGAGCCGGGGUAGCGGGAAGCGGCGCCCGUGCGGGAGCACCGGGAAUAACGCUCGGUCCUUCAGCUGCUGCCGGCUGCGGAGCGCCCAGCCCGGGUGUGCGGAGCGGAGCGGAGCGGGCGGGCCCGGCGGCGGGGCCGAUGCCGAGGAGGAGCUGACAGCGGCGGGGGAAGCGGCGAGGCCGACGCGGAAAUGGAUGUACGGUCGGGAGUGGCCCUGUGGGUGUUGUGCGGCCUCCUCCUGCAGCAGGGCCGCGGGGAGCGGGCCCCCGGCUCCCACCUGGACGAGAGCGCCAUCGCAGCAGAGUUCUGCCGCAUUGACAAGCCCCUGUGCCACGAUGAGGACGAGCAGCUCAGCUUCGAGGCCGUCCGCAACAUCCACAAGCAGAUGGAUGACGAUGCCAACGGCAACGUGGACGUCGAGGAGAGCGAUGAGUUGCUCACUAAAACACUAAGCUUGUUCCCUGCCUCUCGUGCAGUGUACAACUGGACCGUGGACGAGGUGGUUCAGUGGCUCAUCACCUACGUGGAGCUGCCACAGUACGAAGAGACCUUCCGAAAGCUGCAGCUGAGUGGACAUGCCAUGCCCAGGCUGGCAGUGAACAACGCCACCAUGAUGGGCAGCGUGCUGAAAAUGACAGAUCGAAGCCACAGGCAGAAGCUGCAGCUCAAGGCUCUGGACACGGUGCUCUUUGGGCCUCCUCUCUUGACUCGGCACAACCACCUGAAGGACUUCAUGCUGGUGGUGUCCAUCGUCAUCGGAGUGGGUGGCUGCUGGUUUGCCUACAUCCAGAAUCGCUAUUCGAAGGAGCACAUGAAGAAGAUGAUGAAGGACCUGGAGGGACUCCACAGAGCAGAGCAGUCUCUCCAUGACCUUCAGGAAAGGCUGCAGAAGGCUCAGGAGGAGCAUCGCUCCGUGGAGGUGGAGAAGGUGCACCUGGAGAAGAAGCUGCAGGACGAGAUCAGCAUCGCCAAGCAGGAGGCCCACCGGCUGCGGGAGCUGCGGGAGGGCACCGAGAACGAGCUCAGCCGCCAGAAGUACGCCGAGCAGGAGCUGGAGCAGGUCCGCAUGGCGCUCAAGAACGCCGAGAAGGAGCUGGAGUCGCACUGCAGCUGGGCUGCGCCCGAGGCCCUGCAGAAGUGGCUGCAGCUGACGCACGAGGUGGAGGUCCAGUACUACAACAUCAAGAAGCAGAACGCUGAGAAGCAGCUGCUGGUGGCCAAGGAAGGGGCUGAAAAGAUCAAGAAGAAGCGGAACACCCUGUUUGGAACGUUCCACGUUGCUCACAGCUCCUCUCUGGAUGAUGUCGACCACAAAAUCCUGACUGCAAAGCAAGCGCUGAGCGAGGUGACGGCGGCGCUGCGGGAGCGCCUGCAUCGCUGGCAGCAGAUCGAGCUGCUCUGUGGCUUCCAGAUCGUCAACAACCCGGGCAUCCACAGCCUGGCAUCAGCCCUCAACAUCGACCCCAGCUGGAUGGGCACCCCCCGGCCCAACCCCUCGCACUUCAUCAUGACUGAUGACGUGGAUGACCUGGACGAAGAGAUCGUGUCUCCCAUGUCCAUACAAUCUCCUGCCUUGCCCAGCACAGUUCGCCAGCGCCUGGUGGACCCCCAGCACGCCCAUGGAUCGCAGAGGUUGGUAGAGAGUUACGUGCAAGGCCAGAAUGAGCCGGGGCAGCCGGCCCAGUACCGGGCGGGCAGAGUCUCCCUCCGCCGAGUGCACAGCCUCUCCUCUGGACAGUCCUUGAGCUCCGAGCUGCCCGGCUCCAGCCCAUCACCUGCCGCCGCCACCACCUCCACCUCUUGCUCCUCCUCAUCCACCUCCACUGCAUCUGCUCCUGCUUGCCAUGUCCACCCUCUCUAUUACCAUCACACCACCUCCUCUUACUUCCUCCAGACGGACUCCAUCCCUGACCUGCCCCCUCCUGAUGUCACCUCUGGAGUUCGCUGUCGCACUGAGAGCUCUGGAGACUUGACUCGCUGCGACUCCGAGUCCUCCAUCCCGCACCUGAGCGAGCACCAGCGCAUGCCCAGCUCGGCGCCCAAGCUGCUGGCUGCCCGGCCCAACCUGCUGACCCGCUCCAUCGAGGAGGCUGCCCCCGGCCACCCGGCCAGCGCCGCGCCCACCCCCAACGGCGGCAGCCGGCCGGGGGAUGCGUGCGGCCCGGAGCGCCUGCCCGAGAGCCCGCUGGUGCUGAGGAAGAUGCUGCUGGCGAACCACGGCCUGGAGAAGCCGGCCGAGGGCAGCCACCCGGGCCCCGCCAGGCUCAGCCACCCGGAGGGGUCCCGCUCGCACAGCCCCAGCUCCACCGAGCCCGACACGCCCUCCCCCACCUCUGACUGCCGCGCCAAGAGCACCCGCAUCCCGCAGCUGGCUGCCAAGAAGAGCGCGGGGGACGAGGACAGCAGCGCCACGGGCGACGAGGCCGAGCUGGGCGCCAGCAGGAAGAAGUUCCCGCUGAAGAUCUUCAAGAAGCCCAAGAAGUAGGCGGCGGGCAGGGGGCAGGAGGAGCCCGCGCAG